CAAAACCCGAACGUCCCGACCGGAUGUAUCGAUUGUUGUCAAACACUGACAUUUGAAUUUUAUUUCGGUUUUAUUUUCCGUUAUUAUACACACGCCCAAGAAGAAUUUGCCCGGCAAAAGCACUAGCUAUUUCUUUGUUCUCUCAAAGUUCAAGAUGACUUCCACGGGUGUUAAUGUUGGUUUCUCAGCGGAUAAAAACUCAAGUAGAGUACUAAGACCACCUGGUGGUGGUCACACUGAUAUUUUUGGGGCCCCUGAUCCACCAGUUAAGAAAGACACAGGUCGUAACGCCUCAUCGAUUUUGGAGGGAACAAACAGUCAGGUGGCCGCCCCUAGUCCGAAAAAAGAAGCAGCUCCACAACCACCACAAAAAGCUGAACCACCUGCAGCAGAUGCAGCGCCAGCUCGUACUAGAGUCCCACCAGGUGGCUUUUCCUCGGGCCUUUGGUAGAGAACCAUAGACUGGAAGAAACUAAUUUUCUUGUAUGUUAACCUAUUAGCUUUUAUAACGAUUUUAUAUACCUAAAAAUGGACCAUUAAGUUUCCUUUUGACAUUCUUAUUUAUAAAAAAUUGUUAAAAAGAUAUUUUGAUACUAAUUUAUUUAUGCAUGCAAAAAUUUAUAAAGAAAAAUUCUAGUAUUCACGUGCUUAACGUUUUAGCUUUUGAUAACCAAAUCUAAUAAAGUAAUUUUUGUAUGUAUUUAAAAUAAAAUUUUAGUGAUAAU